UGCGGCGGGAGCCGGGGAGAGGCGCCCCCUGGCGGCGGCGCUGCUGCUGCUGCUGCUCUUGCUGCCGUCGCUUGCAGCCGGUGCCAACGAGAGCCUGAUCGUGGGCAUGAGGUUGCUGGGGGACGGCGGGGGCGGGGGCGAGGACGACGGCAUCCUCCAGCUGAGCGAGGGCAGCGAGCGGCGGCUCCUGCUGUACGGGCAGCGGCUGGGCCCCGACGCGGCCGGCCUGGUGGGCUUCGCCGCGCUGGCCGGGCCCGGGGCCAACGGCAGCGCCGGCUGCGGCCCGCCCUCCGCCUCCGCCACCGGCGGGGGGGACCUGCGGGUGGUGGGGCCCGGGCGGCCGAGCCGCGGGGGCACGGCCGUGCAGCUGGCCCUGAGGGCCGGCCCGCUGCGCCGGGGCCAGGAGGCCCAGCUGUUCGCCCUGUGCACCCGCCGGGGCCCGGGGCAGCCGUGGCGGGCGCAGGGCGGGCCCGACUCGCUCAUCCGCGUGCUGCGGGACGACGGCGACGACGACGGCCACCGGUUGCCCACGUGGCUGCGGGUCCUGCUGCUGGUGGGGCUGCUGGCCCUGUCGGGCGUGUUCAGCGGGCUCAACCUGGGCCUCAUGGCCCUGGACCCCAUGGAGCUGCGCAUCGUCCAGAACUGCGGCACCGAGCGGGAGCGGCGCUACGCCCGCAGGAUCGAGCCCGUCCGCCGGCAGGGCAACUACCUGCUGUGCUCCCUGCUGCUGGGCAACGUGCUGGUCAACGCCUCCCUCACCGCCCUCCUGGACGGGCUGGCCGGCUCGGGCCUGGCCGCCGUGCUGGCCUCCACCCUGGCCAUCGUCGUCUUCGGGGAGAUCGUGCCGCAGGCCCUCUGCUCCCGCCACGGCCUGGCCGUGGGCGCCAACACCCUGGGCCUCACCAAGCUGUUCAUGCUGCUCACCUUCCCGCUCAGCUUCCCCAUCGGCAAGCUGCUGGACCGCCUCCUGGGCCAGGAGAUCGGCACCGUCUACAACCGGGAGAAGCUGCUGGAGAUGCUGCGGGUCACCGAGCCCUACAACGACCUGGGCCGGGAGGAGCUCGACAUGAUCCGGGGCGCCCUGGAGCUGCGCACCAAGACCGUGGAGGACGUCAUGACGCGCCUGCGCGACUGCUUCAUGAUCGCCAGCGACGCCGUCCUCGACUUCGGCACCAUGUCGGAGAUCAUGGAGAGCGGCUACACGCGCAUCCCCGUCUACGAGGGGGAGCGCGGAAACAUCGUGGACAUCCUCUACGUCAAGGACCUGGCCUUCGUCGACCCGGACGACUGCACCACCCUCAAGACCGUCACCCGCUUCUACAACCACCCCAUCCACUUCGUCUUCCACGACACCAAGCUGGACGCCAUGCUGGAGGAGUUCAAGAAGGGGAAGUCCCACCUGGCGAUCGUGCAGAAGGUGAACAACGAAGGCGAGGGCGACCCUUUCUACGAGGUGCUGGGUCUGGUGACGCUGGAGGAUGUCAUCGAGGAGAUCAUCAAAUCCGAGAUCUUGGAUGAGUCGGAUAUGUACACGGACAAUCGCAGCCGCAAGCGGGUCGGCAACCAGAAGAACAAGCGGGACUUCUCGGCCUUCAAGGACCCCGACAAUGAGCUGAAAGUGAAGAUCUCGCCCCAGCUGCUGCUGGCUGCUCAUCGCUUCCUAGCGACAGAGGUGCCUCUGUUCAGCCCCUCCCUGAUAUCCGAGAAGAUCCUGCUCCGUCUGCUCAAGUACCCAGACGUCAUCCAGGAGCUCAAGUUUGACGAGGGCAACAAGCAAUGUGCCCGCCACUUCCUUUACGUCCGCAACAAGCCGGCUGACUACUUCAUCCUCAUUUUACAGGGGAAGGUGGAGGUAGAAGCUGGGAAGGAGAACAUGAAGUUUGAGACGGGUGCCUUCUCCUAUUACGGGACCAUGGCCCUCACCACCCCCACCCCUGGCUCAGUGGCUCCUGUUCAGCUGGGAUGCCCGGCUGCCAAGCGAGAUUCCCUGCUUUUUCGGCUCUCAGAACUGCGUUCCCCAUCCCAUCCGGCUGGCCUCAACCGCUCAGCCUCCCUCAGUUACCGUGAGCGGUCCGAAUCCGUGGCGAUCACCAACCUGACCGGCAGCACCAACCAGCUCAGCAGCGUCUUCCUGGGCCAGUACGUUUCCGACUUCAGCGUCCGGGCCCUCAUGGACCUGCAGUACAUCAAGGUCACCCGGCAGCAGUACCAGAAUGGGGUAAUGGCCUCACGGUUGGACAGCUCCCCCCAGUCGCCCACGGACGGAGGCCCGGUCCGGACGGAAAACUGCCCCCCGGGUAAGCCCGAGCUGCCCCAGUUGGACGAGACGACGAGCCUCCUCAACGAACACAACUCCCUGCUGCACAAGGCCAAACACAACCCCCACGAGAAUACCAUCUGACGGCGGGGCCUGAGGCCCCCACCCAGUCCCCCGGGGGGCCUCCCCAGCGGGCCCAAACCCACAGCGGGGGCAGAGGGCACCAGGGUGCGUAACGCACUCCCGGCUACCCUCCGUGCUCCUCCCGACCCCCUCCCCGGCCGCUAACCCCCAGAGCCGGUGGUGGUUCACCCCUCUCAGGGGAACGUAGGCCCAGCCCACGAGCCCGGCCAGGACAGGCGCACUGGCUGCUGCAAACCUGGGGUCCCCAGGGUCCCAAGGAGUGGGCGUCAAAGGGACAGGGCGAGGAGGGCAUUGAGAGGCAGGGGUUAUUUUUUACUGAAAGAAUUUCUAAAGAAAGUUCAUUGCUGCUGUUUCUAAACUUUCUGGGGGAGGGGAGGGCUAGGAACUUUUUAUUUAAAAUCCUUUUUUUAAGAAAAACAAACACAAAAAAAGAGGGAAGAGUUUCGGGGGUCCCUAUGUGCCCCUUCCCCCACCCUGCCUCCCAUCCCAGGUUUCCUCUAGGGGAGCGAUAGCCAUAGCCUCAGCCCUGCCCAGGCUCCAGACUGUUUCUGCGACUCAGGGAGCCCCCACGCCUCGGGGAUCACUUCCGGGGGCCCGCUGGAGGCUGGCACGGGACCGGGGAAGAGCGAAAGGGGGCGAGGGUCCCGGCGCUUCUGAGGACUAGGGCGAGGGCGGUAGCCGAGCGUGCCGGCUCCGGUUGAGGAGAGGAGAGCUCGGCAGCCUCUGGAAAGUGCCGAUCGGAAACGCAGCCAGCCAGAUGGGAAAGGGCAGGGUUGUGCCGGGAAACGGCAUCCAAACCAGAAUCCUCCAGAAUCCAGCUGGCAGUUUGUGUCGUGUCCUGUGGCUGAGGUGGCUCGUGGCCCGGGCUGUGUUCCCCCUUGCCCACCCGCCCUUCAACCCCAGGGCCCCUCACUCCCAGGGCUCGUACCAAAGAGAGGGUGGAUCCACCCCAACCGGAGGUCCCCCGCCUGGGCCGCGUCCCUCCCGGCCCCAGAGCCAGGCGACCUGGAGGGCUGCGGCCUGCGAGCCAGGAGGCUUCAGCCCCGUUUACAGAUUCCCGUUCCCAAGGCUAGUUAUCCCACCAGGGUCCGGACCUCUCCCUUCCUCACCUUGGGAUGUGGGGGAGGUGGGGAAUGAAUGGGAAGCAUCCCUGGGCCCUUUACUAUGCAGCCCGACGGAUUCCCCCUCGCCUUGGCCUCACCCAGUCCACUUAAUGCCUACACACACAGACAGACACAGACACACACACUCCUCCCCCUCCCCAACCCCCCACCCACCACUCGUCGUCCGGUACUCUCCUGUCUGUGAGACGCUUUCCCAACCCGUGCCCCGCGGCGUCACUAACGGUACUGUACCCCCGAUCCUGCGGGGGACGCUCCUGGCACGGCUUUCUGGACCUCUUUCCCUGAGAUGUGGCUAGAACCAGACCCAGAACCACUGUUAGCGACCAUUUGGGACCAGGCCGUUCUACUGACCCCCAGGUACAGAAUGGGCGUGGCGGCAAGGCCUGAAAAUUGGGGUGGGAGGAAGAAAGCUAGGAUCAUCUGCUCCCUUCUCCAACCACCCGUCGCUCCGAGCAUCAAACCUGCCGGGGGGCCGGGAGAAUUGAAGCUCUUGGGACCAGGGAGCCUAUCUGGGGCUCCUAUUGACCCUCGUCCCCCACUGCCUGCUCAUAUCUACAGAGGGGGCCACCCCCAAAGGAUGCUCUCACUAGCCAGUUACAUGGGGAGAGAGAACUCUUCAGGCCCUGGGCCCGUGGCAAACACGUGGGAAAUGGGAAUCUUUCUCCCCAGUGGCAAUUCCACCUUCACUUGCUCCGGGGGCUAACCUACCCCAAGGAGCUAACUACAUCCUCUCCCUGCUAUCUUCCAGGGGUCAGGGGGUCAUGUCUCAUGGGGAGGGAAAGCCACAGAACAAAUGGUUGUGUGUGGUGUCUCACACAUACAUACAAAUCCCCACCUACCUCCUUUCGACGAUCAACACACCUGCUUGUGCGCCUCCCCCCGCCCGUGCAUUCCCUUAGCUAUGGGGCAGACACCAUUCUCAGUCAGGUCUGGUCCACUACCUUCUCUCCCAAUCAGUUUCCCAUCCCUCUCCCUGCCCAUCUCCACCCUCCCAUGUUUCUUGGUCUAAACCAAUACUGGAAUUAUACCAUCCUUCCUCUUCCCAUUUCUGGGCUUUUCUCCUUAGGAAUAGAGUUCUGGAAAAAGCCUCCAUAAACAGCAUCCAAAUAUAGUAGACAGGUCACACCCACCGUAGCACAUAACUACUAUUUAUUUUGCAUUAAGAUUUUAAUUUGUAUAUUUUUGUGAUUUUUUUUUUUCUUUCUGGCAUCGUUUUACGUUUGACUCCCCGGGAGUUUGGCCGUUUCGUUUCGAGUCUCUGUCUUUUGUCACAAAGCGGUGAUAAUAUUUGCUAAACAAAAUAUGGAAUUUAUUUUUUGAUUGGUAAUAAAA